UUGUUAAUAAUUGCUCCAUAAAGAGUCUCACAUCGAUGGCAGCCUCUUCUUCUUCUUCUACUCCUCCAUGUGGAGCUUGCAAAUUUCUUAGAAGAAAGUGUGUCAAUGGUUGCAUCUUUGCUCCUUAUUUCCGCCACGAGCUUGGCGCCUCUCACUUCUCCGCCAUCCACAAAGUUUUUGGUGCCAGCAACGCUUCCAAGCUUCUCGCUCACCUCCCUGUCUCCCACCGUUGUGAAGCGGCCGUGACCAUCUCAUAUGAAGCUCAAGCGAGACUUCAAGAUCCGAUUUAUGGUUGCGUUUCUCAUAUUAUCGCUCUCCAACAACAGGUUAUGAAUCUAAGGGCUCAAGUGGCUUAUUUAAGAGAACAAGCAGCACAAAUUCUUCUCAACAAUUAUACCACAAGAAACCCUACUGAAUUACUUUAUGAAAAAUCUCCAUUUUGUUAUUCCGAUGACCCAUUCUUAGAUCUUCAAAGCUGGCUUCUGGCUGAGAGCUGCAGCGCCACCGCACCGGAGCUUGAACCUGCGGCGGUGCCGUACUUUGAGAUGAGUGUCGUCGAUUCAAAACUCGCCGGAGAUUUCUGUUGCUAAGGAUUAUUGUGGAUCGUGCGAUCUCUUCCCCCCUCGUUUUCAUAUCAACGGCAAAUAAUAAUUCGAAGUAUGGGUGUCGUUUUUAAGAUAAUUUGAAUUUGAAUUUGAAUUUUAUUUUUAUUUUCUGAAUUUUUCUUUUUCUUUCUCUUUUUUGUUCUGUUUGUGUUUAUGUGUGAUAAUCAUGUGUAAAAUUAAAUUAAAUAAUAUUUUAAAAAACAAACCCUAAAUGUUGAUAUGUAUAUAUCAAUUGGGAACCCUAAGAUAUUGCCCUUUUUUAAUGGACUUAUAUUAGCCAUUAAAUAAAGAUCUACAAAUUUUCUUGAA